CGCGAGGAUGCGCUUCAAUCUGCACGGCCCACUUGUCCGUCAUCCACUCGCUCUAGAUCACUCUUCUUCGGGUCUCGCGCGGCCGCUCGGAUCGACUACACUGGGACCACUUACGACGGCCACGACGGUCACUGAGACCCACUUGUGGAUCUCCUCGAUCCUCGACUCACUUGCCUGACGUCUUCCUCCGACGCCCUUCCGUCGUCGACAAAAGCUCCGUUGCCACUCACAGGCCAUAUAAGAUGCCCCUCAAGCCUACCUUCUCCGCUCUCACCUUCGCCUCCUUCAUAAGCCGCCCUCACACCGACGCUCCAUCUCAGCAUCUCGCUCCACCUCACGCCGACUCUACCAGUCCCGACCCCGCACGCACUCACCGCAAGGCCAAGUCUGAACCGCCCAGCUUCCUCCGUUCUCUUGCUAGAAUGAGCGUCCAAGCCCAGGCUAUCGCCCCCACACACAUGGCCAGGCCCAUGCUCACCUCGCCCAACGACAUGCUCUACACCAAGGGCAGCGUCGAGCAGCCAGAGCCCGUAAAGUGGUGGACUGAACUCUCCCACGUCGAUGGCGCACCUCACCCGCACUUGGGCAGCGGGGCGGAGUCACCACGCUCCUCCACCGUUGACCUCACCGCCCGCAGCGCCGCCCGCCAAGCUCUCUUCUCCAAGGCCACCUUCCCUCUGGUGCUUGACACCAUCGUGUCCCACGCAGCCCACGCCGACCGACUUUCCCUCCGCCUCGUCUGCCGCCGCGUGGCGGCGCACACCGACGCGGCUCUCUUCCGCACUCUUACCGUGACCACGCACGGCUUCCGCUCUGCGGACGGAACCCUUCCCCUCGUCAACCUGUGGCGCCGCCCCGAUGUCGCCGGCGCCGUGCGCAGCCUCACAAUUACCGACGAGUGGGACGACUGGACGGCCCUCGCUCAUGUGUUUCCCGGGCUUGCUCCCGACGUGAUCCGCGUCCCCGCUUCGUGUCCGCUCGACAUCCUGGGCCUGCAGGCUUCAACCGUUAUCGCUUUCGGCGACGUUGUUUCCGCCACUACCUCCGACUGGCUGCGCGUGCACUCCCUCCCGCUGCCGAUCAGCACCGAUGCCGCCAUCGACGACCUCGCGGGGCCCUCCCGCCUCGUCUACACCGUCCGCCACGGCGACCCCGACCUUCUCCUGGUUACCCUCCCCGACAACUGGUCUCUCCCCGACACCGUGCACACCCUUGUCGUGCACAUCGCGCCACACCCCAACCCACGCCCCGCGUUGACUCCUGAGGUCUUCAAUCGCGCUCACACCGACGACGGUGCCCAUACGUAUCUCAAGAACCCUCGCCGUUCGGGCGAGUACGGCCUCACAGCGUCGCCUCUUACUACCGUCAAGGGCCUCGAGUGGCUGCAUGCCGCCAAGGGCCACUUGAGCUUCCUGGACCGCCUGGCGUCCGUUGUUGCCGCCAACCUCCGCCCCGGCCGCAUGUUCACCCUCGUCGCGCCGGAGGCGUGGGACGAGCGCUGGCUCUGCGCCGCUCCUGGACAGAGCACGAUCACGUACCGCUUCUUUUAUGCCGUCGUGCGCCACGCCCGUCGCCACCAUCGCUGGAACGGGCGCUAUGCGGAGCGCGCGGUCGCGGAUGCCAUCCGCUUUGUCAGCGAGGAUGAGUACCGCUCGGAGAUUGGCGAGGUUGUUUGGCGCCUUGAGACUGAGCUCGAGGCGUAGGCGGGGGGGCGACUCUCGAAUCUGUACAGCACUCAUCUUUCUCCUCUUCGUGUACGCUUACCCCUUCAUUCUGAUUAUCGACAGUCCGUAUGUUGUGAUGUACUCUUCCGCAUGUGGUGGGUCGGUGUCAGAGCUUACCAUUGCUGCGGAGACCACCGACGCUCCGGUGGAUCAAGAUGACCUUUCACAAGGUUAGAUCUCUGUUCUCC